UGCAUCAAGGCUAGCUUCUGAACUGUUUCCAGAGAUGGCUUGCAUUACUUUGCUUUUGGCUAUUCUUCAUGUGCACAAAGCACUGUGUGAAGUGACCUUUUGGGACACAGCUGUUCAACUCUCUAAGACCAUGACUCUGGAAUGUGUGUAUCCAUUGAUGGACAACUUAACCCAGGUUGAAUGGGCCAAGAUCAGUGGCACAGAGACUGUGAACAUAGCUGUUUACAACCCAAACCAUCCUAUGCAUAUAGAUCACAACUACUUCCAUAGAGUGCACUUUCUGAAUGCAACAUUGGAGUUCCGCAAUAUGAGUCUUUCCUUUUACAAUGCCUCUGAAGCAGACACUGGCAUCUACUCCUGCUUGUUUCACUCUUUCCCAGGAGGACCUUGGGAAAAGAAGAUAAAGGUGGUCCAGUCAGAUAGUUUUGAGAUAACUGCACCCUCAAAUGGCUACCUGUGUGCAGAACCUGGACAAAAUGUCACACUCAGUUGCCAGCUUCCAAAUAACUGGCCAGUACAACAAGUAAUGUGGGAAAAAGUCCAGCCCCAUCAGGUAGAUGUCUUAGCUUCCUGUAACCUAUCUCAAAGGACAACUUACACAUCAAAGUACCUAAGAAAAACAUGGAGCAACUGCAGCCAGGGGAGCACACAGAGUGUCCUCACCAUCCCCAAUGCCACGUCUGCUGACUCUGGACUUUACAGAUGCCGUUCUGAGGACAGCACAGGAGAACAGAAAACCUAUGUCAUAAGGCUGAUCAUAACUGAUGGUGGAUCCAAUAAACAUUUUAUACUUCCCAUUGCUGGAGGAUCAGUUUCACUGUUGCUGGUUAUCCUAAUUAUAAUCACAAUUAUUUUUUAUAGCAGAAGGAGAAGGAGACAGGUGAGAACACCGCUUAAAGAGCCCAGCGAUAAACAGAGUAAGGUAGCUACCAACUGCAGAAGUCCCACGUCUCCCAUCCACUCUAUAGAUGACGAGAAAGAGGACAUUUAUGUUAACUAUCCAACCUUCUCUCGAAGACCAAAACCAAGAUUCUAAACUGUUCUUCUGGCCUGAACACAUUAAUGAUGACUUUUAUGGCAUAGGUUUUUAGUCUUUUUUUUUCAACACCAAUAUCUACUUUGAUAACAAUUGAUUGAAUCUAUGUCAUUUACUAUAAAGAAACUUUAGCACCUAUGAAUAUUUUUGAUAGAGAUGCUUUAGAAAAUCCAGAUCUAAUUAGCUUAUAUGUACAAGAAAACUUGUCCCAUGCUACAAGGUGUUCUUGUUGUGUUUGAAAUUAACGGUGGGCAUAAGCUUCUCUCCGAAUCCUUCCUACAGUGUUAGUUUCAUUUACGUACUACUGAUCCAGUUCUCACGCUGCUUCCCUCGGAUGCUCCCAUGAUGGUUGUCAGUGACACUUGACAGGAGUUUUUCAGGUCAAAUAUAAGAAACAAAGUUGAUUAUUCACUUAUUAGUAAGAAGAAAGUGAUCUCAGUUAUGGGUUCUCUUAUAAAACAAAGGCAGUGCUAAAGCCUUACUGGGAAAUUCCAAGUAUUGUAAAAAGAAGGAAGAAACGGACCUAGAAGUCAUUUCUAACAAAUACUGACUACACAGACGUUACUCGUUAACCAGCUGACAGGUAAGUAGGCUGCAACAUCAGCAUCACUCAAAGGAGUACACGUAAAGAUGGUCAGGAAUGAAAUGGGUGUGAAAUAUGUCUCUUCCCUUUCUAGUUUCAAAUAAAUUUAUCUCAAAUUCUAUAGAGAAUUCUUGCCCUCCGCCAGGGCUAGUCUUCUAUAAAAUGGGAUGCUCUAAUAAGAAAUAAUGCUUUUGAUAAUGGUUUUCUACUUUUGAUAAUUAUUAUAAUAUGUAAAUAUCUGAAUUAAAAAACUUGUAAAAAAUGAACACAUAAAAAAAAUUGGUGACUGUAAGCAGUAGAAUUCAGAAAUGUAGGAACUCAAGACCAGUGAAUUUGGAGAAUGUGAGGGAAGAGGAAAAGGUGUCACAGAAUAGUAAUAUGUGAAAGAAAACUUGUGCUUCAGAGUUUGAACUAGCUCACCCCUACCAACAUUGCUGUCUUUGAGAGAAUGCACCUGGUUCUGUUACUUAUUUAUGAAGCUAAAUACAACUAUAGUUAUCUCCAAACCAUGGUGGUCAUUAUCAAAUAAAAUGGUGUUUAGUAUUUAAAAGACCCAUUUCUUAUCUCUAAAGAAAUUUAAAGGAUCAUAAUCUUUAAAUCUUCAUUGCAGAAAGCUUCCUUUAAGUUUCUGGUUUGUAUAUUUUUUUACAAAUUUAAGUGAAACAAAUCUAAAUGCUAAUGCUGUUGCAGUGGCUCUAAACUGUAAUUCAUAGUUUAAAGCUAAUUAGUGGAUAUUUCAUAUUUUUGUCCUUAAAUACCAUACAUGAUUAAUAGCCCAAUUAUUUUCAAACUACAGAAAUUCAGAGGGAAAUAAAAGAAAAUGACCAUUUCUUAUUUGUGCCUAUGUAUUUACUCAAGAAUGGUUAGCUCAGAUUCUAACUGUUCAUUUGAAGAUUAUCAUGUCGCCUUUUGUGUACAGUUUCCAUAUGUCGGUGUGCCAAAGUUGGAAGACAAUUAACAGAAAACAAUCAACAUUUGAAACCACCAGAGAUUAUAUGGCUGUACAGAUUAGAUUGAUGGUGAAACAACUUAGUACUGUUCAUAAAAUAAAUAGUUAUUUUCUGUAAUUGUUAAAUACAAUCAAAAUACUGCUUUCUAGAUUAUUUGGGUGCUCAAGUUUGCAAUGUCUAAGUAAGGGAGAGGCAAUGCUUUUAUAAUUGCACUAUAAGGAGAUAUAAAUAGACACAUAGUGGUUAGUGAUUUGUAUGAAGGGUCACUUAAGUAGCAAGAGAGCCCCAAGAAUAUUGGGCAUUUUCUCUGUUGUUGUGGGAAUUCACAUGCUUCUCUGAAAAAAAAAAUACUCCCUCAAAAUAUAUUUAAUAUGCCCACCUUUCCUUUCUAUAUGUAGUUACCUUGCGGAAUUUUGUAAAUGGAAGUUUCUGUCCUGUCCAAUCCCACAACUUUUCAGUCCCAAAGAAACACACAGAGGCUUAUAUUAAUUAUAAACUGUUUGGCCUAUUAUCUCAUGCUUUUAUUAAUUAGCCCUUACAACUUAAAUUAACCCCUUUUUAUUUUUUGAGACAGUAUUUCUCUGCAGUAUUGGAGCCUGUCCUGGAACUAGCUCUUGUAGACCAGGCUGGUCUCAAAUUCACAGAGAACCACCUGCCUCUGCCUCCCGAGUACUGGGAUUAAAGGUAUGUGCCACCACUGCCUAGCUAACCCAUAAUUUUUGUCUAUGUUUAGCUACGUGGCUUGGUACCUUUUCUCAGUGAGGCAUUCUCAUCUUGCUUCUUCUGCAUCUGGGUGGCAACUGUGUCUCUCUUUUCUUGUCCCAGAAUUCUCCUAGUCUGGUUGCCCCACCUAUACUUCCUGCCUGGCUACUGGCCAACCAGCGUUUUAAUAAACCAGUAGGAGUGACAAAUCUUUACAGUGUGUAAGAGCAUGAUCCCACAGCAUAUUUUAGUAUUUAUCAGGAAUACUUCCUACAACCUCCAAACUCCCCAUAGCUCUGUUAUGUUGACGAAAUGAUGCUCAUUGUCUCUCUUUACCCAAGAGAGCACUUUAACUGUAAUCUUUGUAUCCUACACAAUUCACCAGAUUUCUAGAAUGUGAGCCCUCCAAAACUUUUUGUGCAUAUUGUUCUGACUGGUAGAAGGGUGGUCAAAACUGAGUCAAGAAAAAAAAAGAUAAAGGUCACUGAUGAAAUACAAUUUUGCUUUUGUUUAUCUUUUUUUAUUUGGUGCUGCUUUGGAGUCAGAUGCUUUCUGGAGUUGUUUUAUGUAUAUAAUGUAUACCAGUAUAUAAUGCAACAUUAAGUGAAAUAUGUGUGUUUAUAUUAAAUGCUGUUAUUCUAAUCUCUACAUUAAAGUAAACAGUGAAAUGAACUUAAUUUUGAUUAGGGAUAGAACACUUCCUUAGGCACUUACAAUAAAUAUGUAUUCAAUGUGUUGUAUUAGACUGAUGUUGAACUUUAUUUAAAUGCCUUCAUGUUAAUGUUGAGAAAAUAUAUUAUAAAUCUCUUUUCUCUUUUAUUCUUUCCCAUUUUUCUAUUACUGAGGAUUGAACUUGGGGUUUUUAAAUGUCAGACAAGUGCUCUAUCACUGACCUAUAACUCCAGAAUAUAAAUUAAAGUUUAAGUAUUAAAACUUAUUGUUAAGAUAUUAUACAUUAAAUAUCAACUUUGAAAGAUAAAGCAAAAAGCUAGGAGGUUUGGUUUUUAUUUUAAACAUGCAAGUUUUUUUAGUUUGCUUACAGAAUUAUAUUAAAUAAAAAUAAUAUCCUUAUUACGAUAAUUUUAUAAAUUAGGAAAGUCCACAUUAUAGUUAGAGAUCGGUUUGCAUAGUUUUUAUUUUCUAUGUUUAAAGCACUAUCAUUGUUUAUGGUGCUGUUAGAAAAUAACUUAUUUCGGGCUAUUAAUAACUGUCUGAUCCUGAUUUGUUGCUUAUUGUCCUUGCUAUAAUUAUAUGUUUGGUUAGAACAUUUUCAGUUUUACUUUCCAUUAUCUAAGACUAUGAAUUUUUAGCCAUAAAACAAUUCUUUCCCUUG